AUCUGUACUGGGAAUUUGACAAAGUUCCUGUUGUUUGCAACAGAGAUCUGAAAACAUGGACGGUUGGGGAUGUUGAGCAUGUGGGUAGACUUUUGUUCACCCUUUCACCUCAGCAGAUAAGAUCUCUGCCACUGGGUGAUUUAGGUAAAGACACAGUUGAGCAGGUCCUGAUGAGCCAGUGGCUUUGGAAAAGCAGCGAAUUGGGAAAGGCUUGUUUGGAUCUGAAAGGACUACGAGAAAAGAUGAACGGUCUCACCCACAGGAUCGUUAAAGGUCGAUGGUGGAUGAGAAGGGGGCCCAUUCCAAGCUGUGCAGACAUUAAAGGGACAUUUCCAUCGGCCUGGAGGUCCUAUCAGCUGAAUCGAAUAAAGAGGAAGGAGCUGAAGAUGUGUGUUGAGUUCAUUGGUCAGGAUGACACACUUGAUGCCGAGCAACGUGAAGCACUUUGGAUGGAACUCAGACCAGUGUAUAAACCAGUGAAGCAGCUUGAACCAGAACAGAUGUUGGAACUGGGUUGUAUAGUGACUGAGAUGGGAGAAAGAGAGCUACAGGCUGUCAACUUGUCCAAUCUGGCUGUGGUGGCCCAUCUUGGGGACCUCAAUGGGUGGAACGCAAAGAAAAUGAGAGCAGUUGUCCUUGGUAUAAUGAAGCGACUUAAACAAAAGACUGAAGAGCUUGGUGUGGUGGAGCUUGUUUCCUUUGGACAUCUGCUUUGUGGCUUCAGUUCCUCUGAAAUUUCCCAUCUAGACCCGUUCAACCUGAGUGUGGCUGCUUUGUUUCUGGGGGAGAUGGUACUGCCGUGUUCUGAGCAGCAGACCGAGGCGCUGACGUCAUGCCUAUCCAGUCCUCUGGGCUUUGGUCCAGUCAGCAGCUGGGGCUCUGAGGUCUUCACUGAGAUUGGGACUUUGGCAGCUGGGCUGGAGGAUAUGGUAUUAUCUGCACUAAUAAAAGAGCAAGUGGAAGGACUUACACCAGCAGCAAUAACCCUGAUACCUCCAAGAAAAUUCACUGUGGUAUUCAGUGCCACGCAGCUGUCUUGGCUGAGCUCUGAACAAGCGUGUGCCGUGACAGAGGAGCAGUGGGCAGAAUUAGACAAUGAACAAAGACAAGCACUUGUCAUGGCCCAGUAUGAAGGCGAAUUAAUGCUUGAGCACAGAGGCAGGAACCAGGCUCCAUCGUUAUGGUUUGCCGGCAGCUUCAGAAAAUGUUUAUUACUUUUUGUCUGUACAUUGUGGAUACUGUUAUAAAGAUUAUAA